AUGCCGGGCUUCGACUUCUCUAACUACAACCGCAACGCGGCUCUUCACGCCAGGGGAGUCCCCCUUCCAAAAGCUACCAGCACCGGUACAACUAUUGUCGGGUGCAUCUUUGAUAAUGGCGUUGUGAUUGCAGCAGAUACCAGAGCGACCAGCGGUCCCAUAGUAGCAGACAAGAACUGUGAGAAGCUUCACUACAUCUCCCCAAAGAUCUGGUGUGCCGGCGCUGGUACAGCUGCCGACACCGAGUUCACCACUGCCCUUAUUAGCUCCAACGUCGAACUACACUCGCUAUCCACAGGACGUGAUCCGCGAGUGAUUACCUGCAUGACCAUGCUGAAGCAGCACCUCUUCCGAUACCAAGGCCACAUCGGUGCGUACUUGGUGGUGGCAGGCGUUGACCCGACCGGAGUCGGUCUUUACACUGUGCACGCGCACGGUUCAACGGAUAAGUUGCCGUACGUGACAAUGGGAUCUGGUUCACUGGCAGCAAUGUCGGUGUUCGAGUCUAUGUGGAAGCCGGAUCUGGAUCGCGCUGGGGCCGUGGCUCUGUGCGCCGAGGCCAUCAAGGCCGGUAUCUUCAACGACUUGGGAUCCGGUAGCAAUGUCGACGUGUGUGUCAUUGAGAAUGACAAGCCUACACAGUUGCUUCGCAAUUAUGAGAAACCCAAUGAGCGUGGUCUCAAGGAGCGCAAUUACGGUUUCCCCCGUGGUACUACCGCCUACUUGAACCAGAAGAUCAUCAGCAAGGAGGACAUGAAGAAAUAUGUCACCAUUGAAACCUUGUCUGGGGAUAGCAGCUUGGUUGGUGAGAGAAUGGAGGUAGAUGUUUAG